GAUCAAGCCCGCUACAGUUCCCAUUCUACAUCGCUCGGCAGCCACCUCCUUCACCUCUGUAACUUAUUGCUAUCACUCAAAAUGGGAGCUGCAGAGCUGAAUAAGAAGAGCAAAAAGCGCAAGGCCGCUGACGAGGCUCCUGCCCCCGUCCCGUUCCCCGAAGACGUCGGUCUGGACAUGCACAGUGAAGACGAGGGUGGGGACGAGGCGGAAGCGGACGACGAGGACGAUGGGGAGGCGGACGAGUUCCCGGAGAUCGAUACACGGAGUGAUAGCGAGGGCGAAGACGGAAGCGCUGGAGACGAAGAAGAAGACGAGAGUGAGGACGAGGAGGACGAGGAAGAAUCCGAGGCGGACACGGAGGAUGACGACCUCCGGAUAUAUCCCAAACCAAAGACCGUCAUAUCUGACAUUACUGGUCAACCAAAACGCGUCUACCCGGAGAUUGAGCCAGACUACGACUCGGACUCAUCUACAGAAGACACACCCAAUCGAGUCGGUAACAUACCAAUGCAUUGGUACGACGAUCUGCCCCAUCUAGGCUACGAUAUUAACGGCAAGAAGGUCCUACGCGCUGCGCGGGGAGACGAGCUAGACAAAUUCCUCGAGACAGUCGAGGACCCGUCUGCAUGGACAUCUGCCUUCGACAAGAACAUCCAGAUGGACAAGCCUCUGACGGAGGAGGAGCUUGAUCUCAUCCGGAGAUUGCAGGAGAAUGAAAACCCUGAUGCUGGUUACAACCCUUACGAACCCACUGUUGAGUGGUUCACCGGCAAAGGCAAGGAAGAAGUCAUGCCUCUGUCUGCUGCACCCGAGCCUAAGCGGAGGUGGGUGCCUAGCAAGUGGGAGAAGCAGAAGGUCAUGAAAAUUGUCCGUGCCAUCCGUCAGGGCAGGAUUAUUCCCAACAAGCCCAAAACCGCCUCUUCACAACCCCAAUCCUACGCUAUUUGGAAUGACGAACCAUCUAACGUCCCCGCACCCCUUCCCGCGCCCAAACCCCGCCUUCCCACAAACGCCGAAUCCUACAACCCCCCAGAAGAGUACCUGCCUACUGAGGAAGAGCGCAAACAAUGGGAGGAGACCGACAAGGAGGACCGCGAGCGCGACUUCAUGCCGCAGAAGUACGGCGCGCUCCGUUUGGUGCCCGCAUACGACCAGUUCAUCCAGGAGCGCUUCAGCCGGCAGCUGGACCUCUACCUUGCGCCGCGUGUGCAGCGCGUGAAGCUCCAGAUCGAUCCGAACAGCCUCAUUCCGAAGCUUCCAAGCCCGAGCAGCUUGAAGCCCUUCCCCGUAUACAAGUCGCUGCAGGUAUCGCACGACGGGCAUCGUGUGAGGGCACUCUCUGUUAGCCCUGACGGUGCAUGGGCUGUCAGCGGCGAUGAGAACGGUAAUGUAGGCCUGUGGGAGGUGAUGGUCGGAAAGGAGGUGAAGAGGUGGAAGUUCCAGGGCAAGGUUGGUGCGGUCGAAUGGUGCCCGCGGACGGAUGUCAGCUUCUUCGUGGUGGGAAUUGAGGAACAGCUCCAUUUCAUCAUUCCGCCGAAUCUGUCCACGCCUAUACUGUUGGCUACACAAACUCUGCUGGCUCCCGCUACCCUGCCACCAGCCCCGGCGACACCAUCGCCUGUCAAAUGGGUCUCGACCGCAGCCGCUGCCUCAUCGUCGGACUCGCCCAUUCUCACCCUCCAUCUACCCCCGUCCUCGGGUUUGCCUAAGCAAGUUGUUUGGCACCGUAAAGGCGACUAUCUCUCGACAGUUUCGAGCGGCGAAGGCCAGGGCGGGGUUUGGAUUCACCAAAUCUCCCGCAGGCAUUCGCAAGCCCCCUUCAGGAAGGUCAAAGGCUCUAUCCAAUUGGUACUCUUCCACCCAACCAAACCCCAUUUCUUCGUCGCCACACAGCGCUACGUGCGCAUGUACAACCUCGCGGAGCAGAAGCUGCUGAAGACCCUGAUGCCAGGGAUCAGAUGGAUCUCGUGCAUGGACGUGCACCCGUCGGGCGACCACCUCAUCGUAGGCGGCUACGAUCGGAAGCUCUGCUGGUUUGACCUCGAGCUCAGCGACAAGCCGUACAAAAUCCUCAGGUACCAUACGCGCGCGCUUCGCUCGGUGCAUUUCCACCCGACCUACCCACUAUUCGCUUCGUCGUCCGACGAUGGCUCGAUCCAGGUGUUCCACGCACGCGUGUACAACGACCUAAUGACGAACCCUCUCAUCGUUCCGCUCAAGAUCCUGCGCGGGCACAACAUCAAGGACGGGCUGGGUGUACUCCAGGUGAGAUGGUGCCCGAGGCAGCCGUGGUUGGUGAGUGCGGGUGCGGACGGGGAGGUCGCGGUAUGGUGCAGUUAGUCGAGAGAGGCUGCCGGCGAAUCACUGGAAUCGGGUAGUGCAGUGGUUGGGUAUGUGUCUCAGUCUGUGUCUCUGCUGCGAGUUGCUACGUCCAAAUUUCAUUCUACCGGCGUUUCACUCUGGCA